CAUUAAACCCCAACCUGUUGCCCAACCCAAAACCUGCAAUCCGCCUAGGUUGCCCCCUGCACCCGCGAACUCAAAGGUUGGUGACUGCGUUUGCGCCUCCCUACUCCGCUUCCGUCGGCUGCCCAGAUCCUUGCUCCGCCUCUCCGCCAGUCGCCCAGUCCACCGCUUCCCGCCGCAGGUUGCUGCCCACUGCCUUCCCGCUCAGCCACCCAGGACGCUGACCGGCGGCCGCCACUGCCUUAGAAUGGAAAUUCAAGAAGAUGAGCCAAUGCAUGAGUGCGGCAAAAAGAUCUUGGAGAUCUUCUCAGAAUUUAUGGCAAGGAUUGUAAAAAUUGAGGAACUAGCAUCCGUAGGAAACAGAAUGCUAGUUGGCUUCCAGCAAGGACUUGAGUAUGUUCGAAGGCCUCAGAUUGAAGAGAAAUCUGAGCUGGUUGAGUUCAUUCUUAAAGCUAAUCAAACCAAGAGACUGGUAUCUUAUAUUGAAGCUGGAUGCAAGAAUACCAAUGACAGUAUUAAUAGUAUAAACAAGUAAGUGCAUGUGUGCCUCCAAGGACUCCAGGAUCAUAAGAUGCAAGCAAAAUACUUGAUGGAUGAACUGGAUUGCCUUCUGAAUGAUGCUGAAGCUGUAGUGCGAAGUGCAAAUUAUAGUCUGCCUUGCACUACAAUUGAUCGAGAUAUUAACCGCAGUUUGGACUUUAAAGCAGAUUUUUUGGAGGAGGAGGUGGCUUCCGGUGUUCUGAAGUCUGAAGUAAUUGACAUUGCUAUGAUGAUGGCUGUAGUAUGCAGUAUGAUUAAGAAAGACUAUGUGAUGCAGGAAAAGAUCAUUUCAUCUCUAAACCUCAAGACGUCUACCGGAGAGCUGGACACCUACUGUCUAAUGUGGUCACUGCGACCUUAUGUAGAUGAUGAGAUCAUGGCGAAAGCGUGGAAACUUGUCCAUUGACCGUUGUGAACUUCAUGUUCCGUUACUAUACAAACGAAACAUUUAGUGUUUUCUUGGCUAUUUAUUUCUUCAACACCGAAUCUCUUGUAUUUCACUGGCCUUGUAACUUUCAUCGUAAUUUGGAAGGCAUUUUUCUACUUUUUUGUUAGCAAAUUUAUUGUCUGGCCUUGCUUAUUUGCAUCACUUGCAGCAUUGGGUAAUAUAUACAAUCGUAUAUACAACCAAAAACAAAUGAUGCUUUGUGAAAAAAAUGUAGACGUUUCAGAUUGUUGAGAAUCCGAAGAAAAAAGUGCAUCAUUCUCAAUUGUUUUUUUCACUUUUCAGAGACUACUUAUAUAGACUACUUGCUAGAUCAUUGCAAGCUGCUGUAAGAGGGAG